UCCUGGUUUACGAUUUGUGGGAAUUGUUUCAUAAAAUCUGGUUUACUUGAGACCUAGGGUUGAUUGUGAUAGAAUGGAUUCGCAAACGCUGCUGAUCACUUUCUAUUUAUUGAACCAAGCUUUCUGCAUAACUGUUUUUAGGAAUGUGGCUAUAAACAAACCAACUGAACAAAGUUCUUCAUCACAAGCAAAAGGUGCUGGAGACUCACCUCAUGCUGUAGAUAAUAAUACUGAUAGUUAUUUUAACGGUAAUUCCUGUACUCAUACUGAAAAGGGUGCCAUUGAAUGGUGGUGUGUUGAUCUAAAACAUGUCUAUAUUAUUAACAACAUUAAAUUAUAUAACAGAAAUAUAUUACAAGGAAGACUUCGGGGAUUUACAAUGAAGUUAAGUAAUACAGGUCAAUGUAGAGGAACAGGAUUGGAAUCAGCUAGAUCAUGUUAUACAGAUACUUCACAACAAAACCACACAGUUUAUAACAUAGCAGGAUGUAACCAAACAUCAUCAACAUCUUUAUCUGGUAGAUUUGUUUUUAUUCAAAAUAAACCAAAUCAAGCUCUUACACUGUGUGAAGUACAAGUAUUUAAAGGUGGUUGUCCAGAUGGUAAUUAUGGUGAAGACUGUGAGAAAAAAUGUAAUAUUAACUGUAAAGAUGGAUUGUGUAAUUCAACAACUGGUAAUUGUAAUACAUGUAAAUCGGGUUUUACUGGAGAUAAAUGUGAGACUUGUCAACAAGGUAAAUAUGGUGACAACUGUCAACAGAACUGUAGUACUGGUUGUUUAAAUAAUAACUGUUCUAAAUCAAACGGAACUUGUGGAUCAAAAUGUUCCAGUAAUUGCUCUGCAGUGUGUGAUAAAUCUAGCGGUAUGUGUCGUCAGUGUAAACCUAAUACAGUAGGUCCAUAUUGUAAUUCAACAUGUGGUAGUGGAUGUCAACCAAUCACAGGUAAUAUAACAUGUGAUAGAAAUGGUAGAUGUACCAGUUGUAUUAUGGGAAGAUAUGGUGAUAGAUGUGAUAAGAAUUGUACUAUUACAUGUAAUGGUGGAUGUGAUAGAUAUAAUGGUACAUGUAUUGAUGGAUGUAUUAAAGGUAAAAGUGGAGAAUAUUGUGAUAAAAACUGUAAUUAUAAUUGUAUUCAUUGUAAACAAGAUGAUGAUAACUCCUGUACUGAAUGUAAAGAUGGAAGAUGGGGAACAUCGUGUAAUGAAAUUUGUAGUUUUACCUGUAAGCCACGGAAUAUUGCAUCGUCGACCUCUUGCAAUGCCACAUCCAGUGAACAGUGCACAAAACCAUCAUGUGAUCAGAUGACCGGAAAUUGUUCCCUUGGAUGCAUUGCUGGAAAGAAGGGAAACUAUUGUUCUGAAAAUUGUAGUGCUGGAUAUUAUGGAGAUAAUUGUGCUAACGCCUGUGGACGAUGUGCUAGAGGUACACCAUGUAAUACAACAAGUGGCAGUUGUGAACAUGUUGGUUGUGAGGAUGGAUUUAUAGGUCUAAUGUGCAGUGAAGCUACCCCCAAACCCGAUGGGGCACAUCCUGCUGUAGCUAUUCUUGCUAUUCUUGCCGUGGUUGGUGUGGUUGGUGUGGUUAGUUUCAUUGGUGUGAAAAUAAGAGAAAGGUACAUGAAGGACAAUCAACAGCCCACUGUAACAGACAGUGAAAAUGAAACUGAAGAAGUUAGUGAAGGCGGUAAUGAAGUAGUAAUGUAUUCUAACUUACCUAAUUCUGGUGUAUAUGAAAAUCUACCAUCUACCCGCAUUGAAUUGAAAGAUUUGUGGGAAAUAAUUCAAAGAAAGAAAACGGCAAAAACUUUCAAACCAGAAUAUGAGAAUCUACCAAAAGGCCUAUGUUCGCCUCAUGAUGUUUGUCUGAAUAAAAUAAAUCGACCUAAGAAUAGAUACAAGGAUAUAUGUGCAUUUGAUCAUACCAGAGUUAAAUUGGAGAUUGAAAACAAUGAUCCCACUUCAGAUUAUGUCAAUGCCUGUUAUAUCACUGGUUAUGGUAAUGUCAAAAAUAAAUAUAUAGCUUCACAAGGUCCAAACGAUGUUAAUAUUAACGAAUUUAUGCGGUUGAUAUGGGAUGUGAAAACAGGAAAAAUUGUAAUGGUUACCAAUUCACAAGAACUCGGUGUUGUAAAGUGUUUGGAAUACUGGCCGAUGAAUGGAAAAACUAAAUCGUUCAAGAAAAUCUCUGUGAAAGUUUUAGCGGAAGAUAUCUUUGCACACUUCACAAUAAGAACGUUAGAAAUAACUAAAGAGGGGUGGGAACCAAGGACCAUUAUACAAUACCAUUAUACAUCCUGGCCUGAUAAAGGUGUUCCUGCUGAUGCAGCAUCAUUGGUAGAAUUCAGAAACAAGGUGAACAAAUCACCAACUCCACAUCCUGGACCAAUGAUCGUACACUGUAGUGCUGGUAUAGGAAGAACAGGAACAUUUUUAGCUUUAGAUUAUCUUAUUGAAGAAGGUAAAGCUGGAGAUUCAGUAGAUGUUGUUCGGUGUGUAUCACGGAUGAGAACAGAAAGAGUCAAUAUGAUUCAGACAUUGGAUCAGUAUAUAUUUUUACACGAGGGAAUCUUAGAAUGGUAUAUAGCUGGAAACAUAACAACAUCUAUAGCUGAUUACAAGACAAUCUACAAAGAUCUGCUUAAAAUGCAAACAUCUGGAAAAUGUCUCCUGGAACAAAAAUUUGAAAUGAUGAAGAAGGUCAGUCCAGUGCACACGAAGGAUGAUUGUUAUUCAGCUUUGUUAGAUGAAAAUAAAAAUAAAAACAGAAACAGGGCAAUAUUAGCCAGUUAAAGCGUACGACCAUUUAUAUCAUCUAUUGAUAGCGGAACUGAUUAUAUCAACGCUGUGUAUAUACCUAGUUACAGAAAGAAACAAGCGUAUAUAUUAACACAGACACCAUUACCAGAUACUGUUAUAGAUUUCUGGAGAAUGGUUAUACAAACUGAAUCUUACAUAAUCGUAGAUCUAGAUCAUGGUCAAGAAAUAUCGAGGGAUAUAGGUCAGUAUCUUCCGGAAACCAAGCUGAUGUGCGGUGAUUUUUCUAUUACCAAAUCUAGUGACACGCAGAAUAAAGAUGAUUAUUCAAUAGUGGGCUAUAAAAUCGGAAGUGAUAUAGACGUAAAUGUAAAUCAAACAGUUAAAGUAUACGAAUGUAAAUUCUGGAACGAUCAACAACAGACACCAGAAUCCUUCAUUUCAUUGAUUAAUGUACUUGAACAUGUUAAGUCAAGUUACGAAAAUAGUAAUCCAUUGGUUGUUGUUUGUCGGGAUGGUGUUACUAAAGGAGGUAUAUUUUGUGUAUUGACUGCUAUAUUAGAGAGAUUAACAAUAGAACAAGAUGUCAGUGUAUUACAGACAAUAGUACAACUUAGAGCUUCCAGACCACAGAUUAUAACAUCUUAUGAACAACUCAAAUUUUGUUUUGAUGCGAUCCAACUUUACCUAGAAAAUUAUACUACUUAUGUAAAUAUAUUGUAAUUCAGAUAAUAACUUUAAUACUACUGACAACAAUUUUAGUCACAUCAUAUAAAAGCUUCUAGACGCCAUAUUGAAAGGUCGAGUAGAAUUGAUGACGUCACUAGCGCCUUCUUUGAUAUUAUUGUUUACAUUAGGCCUAUUGAUGUUCCCUGUUGUAAUACAGUAUUGCGACGUUUUAAAGGCGCUUUUAAUACGUUCUUAACCAGAACAUAACAGGAAAUUAAAAUACUGAUUUGAAUGGAAAACGCCCGUAUUUCACACGGGGUCAUGCUUGUUAUCAAAUGUCAGUAUGUCUUUGUCUGGGUUAUAACCUAAUCCUCUCCAUUAGAAACGAAUUAUGGAACUUUGGCUGCACUGGGUCUAUCUUCUAGUGCAUUUAUUAUCAUGAUCUUGGUGUUUCUGAAAAUACAAUCAUUAACAGUCACAAUCGCAGUUUUAACUAAUGCCCGUUUUCCAUGUAUGUGUUUUCGCAGCAUUCCAGCGAAAAGGUUGGUCUAAUUCAAAUGUAAUGGAGCCGUAUCCAUGUAACCGGUGAAAACUUGCACGGGAACGCCACUGAAACGCGUACAUGUAAAUCGGAGCUUAGAUCUGCCAUCUUAUCAAGCGUAUUAAUUAUCGCGCAUCAGCGAUCCAGAAUUAUUAUAUUCAUAAUAUUAAUAUAUUCAUAAUUUCUUUUAUUAUUGACCCUUGAUAUAUAUUUAUUGCGUAUUUCAAUUAUUACAUAUUUGCAUAACUAUUAUUUGCAUAUUUAUUAUUGGCAUGUUUAUUAUUUGCGCGUUAUUUUAAUGUUUACCGUUUUCAUUGCAUAUUUUCUCUAUAUUGUAUUAUCAUUUUUACCUCUUGAGACAUUAAAGACAGCAUGACUGUGUUAAAGGACAAUAUUGGUGUCAGUCAUUAUCACAUAUGUGAUAGAGGCGUUAAAUGAUGAUUUCAAAAAACGGAAGUGACGAACUCAAAAGGAAAACACGAGAUAUCCGUCUAUAUAAAUGACUGAAGUGACGAGUGAUAACUGAUACACGGGCGAAUUUCUGCUCACUAAAAAUUCCUUCAAAGUCCAAACGUUUUUGUAUGAGACUGUGGGGGGAUAUCUGACAAUUUAAAAAAAAAUAAUUGACUGUCACUAGAUAAGA